AUGCCUUCUGCCAUCAGCUUCCUAGAUGACGACCACCUCGGUUUUGGCAGAUCUGCAAAGUCAGAACGCAGCUCUUUGAACGCUUCUACUCAGCCUGCUCAUAGAUCUGGCUAUGACUCCGAUGAUACGCCAGACAUCUCAUCAGCCUUGCUCGGGCCUUCGACCUCUCGUUCAUCCGAUGAGUCUGGCAGAGGUAGCGGCAAGAACAAGCGCACCUCUGCUCCUGCCGUCGGCAACACAGUACAGGCCGACGACGACGAUGAGGCUUUCAUAGUCGCAGCGACUCAAAGGCACAAUAGGAAAGCGGGAACAGAAUUGGCGAAAGACGUGGCCAAGAGCAAGGGCAAGGGAAAGAACAAGACUGGGAGUGGGACCUUGACGGGCGGAGGAAGCUUUCAGAGCAUGGGUGAGUGUGCAUAUGAGAGUGUUCAUGAUACCUCAAGCCACUGGGCUGGACUUGCAGAAAGAAUCGUGUGGCACUGCAUCAACAGCGACGCGCGGAGGUGCGGUGCUGACGCUUGGCCCUGCUCGUCGUCACAUCACAGGUCUUCCUCCUCAGCUGCUCCGCUCCAUUCUGCUGCGUGGCUACACCACACCUACGCCCAUUCAACGCCUUGCUAUCCCGUCCUUACUCGAUACGCCAGCGCGCGACCUGGUGGGCAUGGCUCGCACAGGAAGCGGAAAGACGCUCGCAUACAUACUGCCUCUCUUGAACCGGCUGGGAGGCAAGCACAGCACGACAGUCGGCAUUCGCUCCCUCGUACUAUGUCCCUCACGUGAGCUAGCUUUGCAAAUCCUUAGGGUGGGGAAGGAGAUUGCUCGAGGUUGGAAAGUGCCAGAUUCCGAACCUCUUCGGUGGGCACUGAUAGUCGGUGGUGAAGGGAUGGAAGAGCAGUUCGCUCUCAUGGCGUCCAACCCGGAUGUGGUCAUUGCCACACCUGGCAGACUGCUGCAUCUAGCAGUGGAGGCGAAGCUCAACUUCAGCUCGGUGCAGUUUGUGGUCUUCGACGAGGCCGAUCGCCUGUUCGAGAUGGGCUUUGCGGAUCAACUGGAGGAGCUCAUCAAGCGCAUGCCACCUACUCGGCAGACUGCUCUCUUCAGCGCGACUCUGCCCAAGACGCUGGUCGAGUUUGCUAGAGCUGGUCUGGCUGCGAAUCCGAAGCUGGUCAGACUGGAUGCGGAUAGCAAGAUCAGUCAAGAUCUUCGUAUGGCCUUCUUCAGCGUCAAGCCGUCGGAGAAGGAGGCUGCACUGCUUGUGCUUCUUCGAGAUGUCAUUGGCGUGCCUCAAGGCUUGUCAGGUAGCGCAUCGUCUUGGUCGAAGGAAGGCAAAGGAAAACGACGAGCUGCUCCGCUUAUAGGCACGGACGAGCUGCAGCCCCAUCAGACCAUCAUCUUUUGCGCCACCAAACAUCACGUCGAGUACCUUCUCGCCUUGCUGGGCACCGCCGGCUGGAGUUGCGCACACAUCUAUAGCUCUUUGGACCAAGCCGCGCGCACGCAAGAGAUGAUCCGCUUCCGAACAGGAGACGCAUCCCUACUCAUCGUCACCGACGUGGCUGCCAGAGGUAUCGAUCUGCCGUCCAUGACGCAUGUGGUCAACUACGAUCUUCCUGCUUCCCCAAGGAUUUUCAUACAUCGAGUCGGCAGGACUGCUAGAGCCGGGAGAUCGGGUUGGGCUUGGUCACUGGUAGGCGGAACAGAUCUUCCGUACCUCUGCGACUUGCAGCUAUUCUUAGCAAGGCCUCUGGUGAGAGCUUCGGAUUUGGGCAGCAAGCCGGAGCUGGAUCUACACAACAAUCUUCAGCUUGGAACGUUUCCCCGAUCAGCUAUAGAUAUAGAAUCCGAGCACAUUAUGCAAGGUCUGCACAACAGCAGCUCUAGCGCCUCGGUAGCUUUGCCUUCCCUCAAAACGGUGGUCGGCAGAGCUCAGAAGCUUUACGACCGCUCCGCUAGCAAAGCUUCGCAGGAAUCUCAUCGGCGCGCCAAGGCUAUGCUAAAGGGGGACGAUGAAUGGUGCUUGGCUGGUAAUGCGAAGGAAGAGCUUGGAGUGCAUGACGUGGUCGUCAGGCCUUCAGCCUAUGGUCUUGCUGGGGCAGGAACAAGUGGCCUGUCCGCACAUCGUGGCAACGACGGAUCGAAUGACCUAGCGGCGCAACGCGCUGCGCUCCUCGCCAAAGUCAAUAGUUUCACUCCGCAGAACACGGUCUUCGAAGUCGGCACCAAGGGUCCAAAUCCACUAUCAGACCUGAUGAGAGACAGAAGAGCUACUUUGGAUGCGAAGCGAGCGCGAGCGGCUGCCAGAGACGCAAUUCAAGAACCUGCGCAGUCAGAUGGAGAGAAUAGUGAAACGGAGGCCGGCGAUCUUGGGGCACUAGAUGAAAUGUCUCAGGCUGGAGAGAGUGACAUCGAGGUAAGUUGUGUCGUGCGCAAGCUGUGGUACCUGAGCUACCGAGCUGAUCCUCGGUAUCUUGGAGCGCAGGAUGUCUUUGAUGUGGCGGACAAGUCCAUUAGCAAGAAAGGCGCACCGAAGAGGAAGAAGUCCGCACCAGCGUCGCGAAGCUAUCGUGAUCCCGAGUACUUCAUGGCGUAUGAGCAUGCGGAUGCUGCCAAUGAAAGAGGGUGAGGAUACGUCGUUGUGGCAACGCGUUCAUGGGGUCACAGCUGACCAUUUCGCCGCAUGCAAACCGGCGUUCAGGUACUCGAUGGGCCAUACAGACUCGUUCGCAACUCAGGCCUCGAAGGCCUCUUACUCUUUGGCAGGCGACGAAGCGCGUCUUGGCACACAGACUCAAGCGCCAAAUGCAUCUCGCUGGGACGUGAAGAAGAAACGCUUCACAAAGGGAGACGGUACGGGCGAGAACAACGAAAAGUACAUUCGAACGGAAUCUGGAACUCGACUACCGGCUUCUUUCCAGAGUGGAAGGUACGAAGAGUGGAAGAAGAGCAACAAGGUCAAUGUGCAGAAGGUCGGAGAGAGAGAGGACAAGAAGUCCAGCUCUGCUGCGCUGGCUGCUGCUGGUCGAGGCAGAGGUGGCAGCGCUCGGGGUGGUAGAGGAGGAGGAGAAGGCAGAACGUUCAGACAUCACAGCUCCAAGGAAGCCAGGGAGCCAGACAGAUUCAGGGACGACUAUCAGAAACAACUCAAACGCAAGAGGGGAAGGGAAGCGGGCGAUGGUGGUCAUGAUGGUGAAGGUGGAUUCCCGACCAGGGCACGAGGCAGUGCGAGGGGGGCGAGAGGAUGGAGAGGAGCAAGGGGAGGCAGAGGUAGAGGAGGCUUGUCUCGUGCGGAUUCCAGGGUGGCUAGCAGUCUGAAAAGCGCCGCUCAAAUUCAGAAGUCCCGACAAUUGGAAGCAAAGAAGAAGGCCAAGAAUGCGCGAGGCGGACGUGGUGGGGGCAAGAAGAGAGGCGGAAGGAGAUGA